AUGCCUAUAGCUACUCUCACUUUCAAGCAGGUUGUAUUAUCAAGUCAACCAUCCAAAGCAUAUAAUGCUUUUAUUCAAGAACUAAGUGAUAAUCAAGGUCCAGUUGUGGUCUUUUUAGAAGAACUUGGUGAAAAACGAACAGUACCAUAUAUAAGUCUUCGUCAUUUUCCAGCUUCUAGAAACGGCUGUCAGUAUUCUUUAUCAGACGGUGGUUAUAUACCAUAUAUUGAUAGGAAGAAAAAUAAAAAGAAGUCUGUUAUGCUGAUAACUGAUUCUAAUUCUCAACAGAAUAAUUAUCAGAAUAACUACCAUAAUAAUCGACGGUAUUCAUCACCACGUCACUGGAUUCAGUCUGGUGUUAAAACUAUGCAGCUUCCAACACAUCAAAUAGAUUAUAAUACAUCAGUUAAUUUAGAUGUUUCUAAUACACAAUAUUGUCCUGUCACCACUCCACCAACUAUAAUGACUAAUACUGGUCUACCAGUCACCAACCCUCCCGCUUACUAUAUGCCAGUUUUAAAUGUUCCCUACCCUCCUAACCUGGGACAGGUCAACUUAAGUCAAGAUCCUUAUGGCAAAGACCUACCCCAAGAUGUGAAUACUCUCAGAUACUUUUAUAAUUUUGGUGUAGAGGCCUCAGUGAACAAUAUAGGUGUAAAUCAAGGGUCGUGCAGAAUGAUGUCCACAGUAAUGCAACAACCAACUAUGGCCUAUCCUCCAACCAUGAUGCCAGAUGGUCAGACACAUAUGAUAAUGCCGGCACCAGUAGAACACGGUCAGUUUGUGUCUAGUGAUAGUAAAUAUAACACACAUUUUCCCCAACUAAAUUCUUCAAAUACCAGUGUUCGUAAAAGUGUUACAAUUAAUGUCAGUUCUGAAACUGUGUCCCCUAAUGGUAAAGAAUCUAAUAUUAAAACAGAUCAGACUGAAUCAAGUGAAACUGUUGCUGAUACAGUAGAGGACAAUAGCAGAGUAGCAAGUCCAGGUAAACUGGAUUCACCUGGUAGUGAUAGUGGUCUCGAUAGUACAACAUCCAGUACUGAGGACCAAUCUACCACUUACACUGUAGAUACAACAGGUCACAAUAAGGUGAAGGGAAAGAAAAAGUAUUAUAUGUAUGGUAAUUUAAAACUCGUUAAACCUAUCAAAGAUAUUCCACCCAGGUUUCAGAUGUUAUUAGCUGAAACUAGUGCAGCUAAAGCACGAUGUGAAGGUCAACCAAUUUAUCAACAAGUCCCAGAAAAUCACAUGAUGGAGCAUGACAUGGAAUUAAAUGCCAAUGCUCGAUGCUUUGUUCCCAUGCAAUCUAUGCCUAUACCUUCUUGUACUCUUGCUUCUGGUGUUGGUGUUAAUACUAACGGGUCUAUGGCUUUACCUAAUGCAUGCUAUCCUCCUCCUCCUCCAAAUGUCUUGGGUUCUGCUCCUCCUGUCAUUAGUCCUAAAUCUAACAUACAAACUUCUAAUACUCAUGUUCAACCUAAUAUAAUACCUUCUGUUCAAUCAUCUGGUGGUGGUACUUGCUAUUAUAUUUAUUCUUCUACAGGCUACAGUUCUCUUCCUCCUACUAUACCUACACCUACUACUAGUACACCAGCUGGUACUUCACCAGUUACUACAGUUCCUCCUCCACAACCAGUAGUCUAUAUGAUGAAUUCACCAUACCCUCCCAAUCAACCAUGUAGCUACCCUACUCUACAACCAGUACAUGGCUACGGAAUGUGUUCAGCCUCAGCUCAGUAA